AUGAGGAUCUAUGAGAAGGACAACUUCAUGGGACAGAUGAUGGAGGUGAUGGAUGACUGUGAUUCCUUCAUGGAUCUCUACCACUGGUCCAACGGCUGCAUGUCCUGCAAUGUGAUGGACGGUCACUUGCUCAUGUAUGAGCAUCCCCACUACAGAGGCAGGAUGUGGUACUUCAGGCCUGGAGAGUACAGGAGCUUCAGGGACUACGGGGGCAUGAGCCUGCUCAGCCAGACCUUCAUGCUGAGAAUGAGUGUUGCAGCUUUUGACUGUGAAAGACCAUGGGUUAUCUUCUAUGAGGACAGGAACUUCAUGGGGCGCUCCUAUGAGUGCACCAGUGAUUGUUCCGAUAUGUUCUCUUACAUGAGCCGCUGCCACUCCUGCAGGGUGGAGAGCGGCUGCUGGAUGGUCUACGACCGCACCAACUACAUGGGAAACCAGUAUUUCAUGAGGAGGGGCGAGUACGCUGACUACAUGAACAUGUGGGGCUGGGGCAACAACUGCAUCAGGUCCUGCCGCAUGAUCCCCAUGUACAGAGGAUCCUACAGAAUGAGGAUCUAUGAGAAGGACAACUUCAUGGGACAGAUGAAUGAGGUGAUGGAUGACUGUGAUUCCUUCAUGGAUCGCUACCACUGGUCCAACGGCUGCAUGUCCUGCAAUGUGAUGGACGGUCACUGGCUCAUGUAUGAGCAUCCCCACUACAGAGGCAGGAUGUGGUACUUCAGGCCUGGAGAGUACAGGAGCUUCAGGGACUACGGUGGCAUGAGGUUCAUGAGCAUGAGGCGUAUCAUGGACUCUUGGUAUUAA